GAAAGAAAGAAAUCCAGCACAAGUGUUUCAGGCGUGAGAAAUCGUCGCAUCAUCUUGACGUAUUUGAUAAUAAUUUAAGAAGAAUUUGUGUCAUUAUUAAUCAUUAUAUCACCUAUAUGAUUAUAGUCUAAACGUGUUUCUUUUUUUCCCCCUGAAUGAAAUCAUUGCUCUGUUUGUUUUCACGCUCACAGCCACCUGCAGGCAUGACUAAUCGAUGCCGACUAGAUUUUUUUUUAUUUUUUUAGAAACCUCCUCUUGGCUUGGACCCGUUUUUUCCCCACUUGUUGCUCACUCCAGUCAAAGUGAAGGGUUCGCUCGUCUUUAGCAAGAAAUGGCAACGUCCGUGAAGCUCUACACAGGUGCAGAAAUGCCUAUAAUCGGGCUAGGGACAUGGAAAUCUGAGCCUGGAAAAGUGAAAGAAGCAGUGAAAGCAGCCAUCGCGGCAGGCUACAGGCACAUCGAUGGGGCGUUCAUCUACAUGAACGAGGUGGAGGUGGGCGAGGGAAUCCAUGACAUGAUCAACGAUGGAGUGGUCAAGCGAGAGGACCUUUUUAUCGUUAGUAAGCUGUGGUGCACCUUCCAUGCCAAGUCCAUGGUUAGGCAAGCUUGUGAGAAGACCCUCAGCGAUCUAAAACUGUCCUAUCUCGACCUGUAUCUGGUGCACUGGCCUAUGGGAUUCAUGGCUGGUGACGAAACAUUUCCUUUAGACAGCAACGGAGAAACAAUUCCUGAUAAGUCUGACUUCCUUCAGACGUGGGAGGGGAUGGAGGAACUAGUAGAUGCCGGUCUGGUCAAAGCCAUAGGCAUUUCCAAUUUCAAUCGGGAUCAAACUGAGCUUAUCUUGAACAAGCCGGGCCUCAAAUACAAGCCGGCAAAUAACCAGGUUGAGUGCCAUCCGUUCCUGUGCCAGGAGAAUCUGAUCAACUACUGCCAUUCCAAGGGCAUCACCAUGACAGCAUACAGCCCGCUUGGCUCACCUGACAGACCCUGGUGGGUUUGCGUAUGUUCAAAGGCAGAUUGCUUGUACUGUAGUCUUGUGAGAAUGACUGUAUAUUGCAGGGCAAAACCGGACGACCCGUCACUUUUGGAACAUCCUGAUAUCAAGGCCAUAGCUGAGAAAUACAAUAAAACUUCAGCGCAGGUCCUGAUCCGCUUCCAAAUCCAGAGGAAUGUGAUUGUCAUUCCAAAAUCGGUCACGCCUGUCCGCAUCCAGCAGAAUUUCAAGGUGUUUGACUUCCAACUCAGCGAUGAGGAUAUGAAAACUAUUUUGGGAUUUAAUCGGAAUUGGAGAGUCUGUGCGAUGCAGUGGAGCAUCAAGCACAAGGACUACCCUUUCCACGCUGAAUUCUGAUUAAUCGCGGAAAGAGCGGUCACUUUUUGUUUCAUAAAGCACUCGUAUUAUAUGUUCUGUGUGUAUCACUUUGGCAAGGUCAACAAAUCAACAUGUAGCUGUAAAAAUGUUCUCUUUUUGUGUAACAUUAAUAGCAUUUCCUCUUAUUGACAAGUCAUACGCGGCGCUUGUGACCCGUCAUGUGUGUCACUUGUGAUCCGUUUUCCUUUGUUUUCACUUCUCCCGUGUGCAGUUGUGUGCCAAAACCUUACUACUCUGGGAUUGAGCGUUGUUAGUGCACUGAUGAACACUAGAGUUCAGUAUUACCCAACUACAAAUGGAACGACUGUUACAAUAAAGUAGUAAACUGCUGAAAUGAUAACAUUGUGGAGAAUUUUUAUUAUUAAUACAUGAAAGUUUCUUACAAUGAAGAAUUCCAUUCCAGAUGAUGAGUUAAUAUUCAGUGUUGAGCGGGUAAUCUUUGUGUUUAGAUGCCCUGUUUGAAAAAAGAGCAGGUUAACUUAACAAGAACAUAAUCCGAUGACAGGUACAUUAUACUUACCAUAAAAUAGGGAAACCUCUAAAAUUCUUGUUCAAACCGAGCAGGAUCUUCAUGUCGUCAUCAUCAAGAGCAAAAUCAAACACCUACAGGAGUAAAAUGGAAGUGAUAUUUGACAGAAAAGCAAUGCUGCGGAGACGUACCAGUAAAUAUUGUCCAGUUUGACAUGCAGAAUUUAUUGCUGCCACACUCAAAAGAAAAGUAAGUCCACUAUUGCAUAUUGAUUUUUUUACUGUUUGUACUUUAAAAGUACUGUAUUUUUCAGGCUAUAAGUCGCUCCAGCCAAAAAAAAUGUGCAAUUAAGGGGAAAGAA